AAGAAGAGAGAGAAGGAAUUAAGCCCAAAUCGAACUCAUAACUCAUUAGCCAUUUCUCACAAACCAGCACGUGCGCUCCCGCCUCUCUCUCUCUAAACGCUUCGCUCAUUCUUUUUUCCUCGAGAGAGAGGAGUGGACUGGAGAUCUUCUCCAUCGCCAUAUGACGUAGGCGAUUCCUCCAGCCACCCACAAAUGCACGCGUACAACCGGCUGCCGAGCAGUGGCCACACGACACCGUCUCCGCCGCCGUCGCCGCUCCGGUCGCCGCGGCUCCGGCACGGGCGGUCGAAGACCGGUGGCCGGUUCAACCCAUCGGGAAGGACGACGCUGGUGCAGCGGCUGACAUGGCACAUCCUCUCGGUGCUGAUCCGGCGACAAGGCGUCUUUCUCUUCGCCCCUCUGUUGUACAUCUCCGGCAUGCUUCUCUACAUGGGCUCCGUCUCCUUCGACGUCGUCCCCAUCAUCCACCACCGCCCCGCCCCCGGCUCCGUCUACCGCAGUCCCCACUUCUACUCCAAGCUCCGCCCCGAGAUGGACGCCGAUAACUCCUCCACCGAUGCGAUAUUAACUAUAUGGAAACAUUCCUAUAAAGGUGGUGAAUGGAAACCAUGUACAAACACUUUUUCUGGAGGUUUGCCUAAUUCAAAUGGUUACAUAUAUGUUGAGGCAAAUGGUGGCCUAAAUCAGCAGAGGACUUCGAUAUGCAAUGCUGUUGCAGUAGCGGGUUAUCUUAAUGCUACACUUGUUAUUCCCAACUUUCAUUAUCACAGCAUCUGGAGAGAUCCUAGCAAAUUUAAAGACAUUUAUGACGAAGAUUAUUUCAUCAGUACCUUGAAAAAUGAUGUGCGGGUGGUUAAUAAGAUUCCAGAAUAUAUAAUGGAGAGAUUUGACAACAAUAUGAGCAAUGUUUACAACUUUAGGAUAAAGGCUUGGGCAUCUGUUCAGUAUUAUGGAGAUGCAGUUCUCCCAAGAUUGCUUGAAGAAAGGAUCAUUCGGAUUUCCCCUUUUGCAAAUCGAUUGUCAUUUGAUGCUCCUCCUGCUGUUCAAUGGCUUAGAUGCUUAGCUAAUUAUGAAGCUCUUAGGUUUUCAAGUCAUAUAUUAACACUGGGAGAUGCUUUGGUGGCAAGGAUGAAAGAACGCAGUGCUAAAUAUGGUGGCAAGUACAUUUCUGUGCAUCUUCGCUUUGAGGAGGAUAUGGUUGCUUUCUCUUGUUGCAUUUUUGAUGGUGGGGAGCAAGAAAAGGAAGAUAUGGAAGCUGCAAGGGAAAGAGGUUGGAAGGGGAAAUUUACAAAACCUGGUCGAGUUAUACGCCCUGGAGCAAUCAGAAUCAAUGGCAAAUGUCCACUUACUCCUUUGGAGGUUGGUUUAAUGCUUCGGGGAAUGGGCUUUGAUAAAAGCACAUUCAUCUAUUUGGCAUCCGGUAAGAUAUACAAUGCUGAGAAAACAAUGGCGCCACUGUUGGAAAUGUUCCCUAAUCUGCAGACGAAAGAGAUGCUGGCUUCAGAGGAAGAACUCGCUCCAUUCAAGAAUUAUUCUUCCAGGAUGGCUGCUAUAGAUUACACAGUUUGUCUUCACAGUGAGGUGUUUGUGACAACUCAAGGUGGGAACUUUCCUCAUUUUCUGAUGGGCCACCGGAGAUACUUGUAUGGUGGACACUCCAAGACGAUCAGGCCUGACAAACGAAAGUUAGCAUUGCUCUUUGAUAAUCCAAAUAUUGGAUGGAAAAGUUUCAAGCGCCAAAUGCUGGGUAUCCGGUCUCACAGUGAUUUAAAGGGGUUUGAGCUCAAAAGGCCGAAUGACUCCAUUUAUACCUUUCCUUGCCCAGAUUGCAUGUGCCGAAUAAACAAGACAGAAGAUUCGAAACCAUCGUCACUGACUUGAUUUAACAUGAAGAUUCUUUGAUGGGUGUUCCUUGUACCUGUAGUUUUGAUCCUGCUACUGACCCUCUUUUCUGUUCGGCAUUCUUUCAUUUUUUUGUGCCCCUGUCCAUUGGCGGAGAGGGCAUACCACACCCUCAAUUUUGGGAGCUACGAGGAUUUUGUUCGAGAUGUCAUAUUGAUCUGAUUUGUUUCCUGGGAUCGAAUUGUGGGGCAGUUCCAUCACUCUCUGUAUAUGAAGAUACUGGUGGAGAACAGAGCAACUUGCCAUCUUUCAAUUUCAGGAGUUUCCCAGUGUUGACUGCGCAAUUGUUUUGUAUAUGAAGUCGCAGCUACUGUAUCUAACAAGCUGUGAAUUGACACAUCACAUUUCUUCACACUCUGGUUUUCUGAUGUCUAUAGAUUUAGUUGGAGUGAGUUUGUUAUUCUGCUCAUCCAAGUAGAAUCUAAAGUUGGAACUUUGUAUACAUUUAUACUCGGUCUCAGGGUAUUCAUUCUUUUCUUCCUAUUUUUGACUCCAUUUUUUGUACACUUCUUACUCUUUACGUCUACAAUCUUAUGGUUACAUUUAUUAGUGCUACUCACUAUAUUCGUCUUACUCGGCGAUACAAACAUUACUUUUGUGAUUUU